AUGUCCGCCGCUGUUCAGCACCCGCUCGUUGAGCCCCAGCAGUCUGCUCCCCUCCAGGAGGCUACUGCUUCCGAGACCGCCGCCUCCACUGCUGCCCCCGCGACCGAGGAGAAGCCUGUCGAGGCUGCGGCGCCCGUAGAGGAGACUCCCAAGACCGAGGGUGAGGCUGCUGCUGCCGCCCCCGUCGAGGAGAAGAAGGAGGAGAAGCCCGUUGAGCCCAUCUACAGCGGUGCUCUCGGCUACAAGGCCCCUGGCCUCAAGAACGCGUUCCGCUUCUCCAAGAAGUACUUCUGGUUCGGCGAGGAGGCCGCUGUUCCCAUCUCCAGCCUGAGCGCCUACCUGCGGGGCGAGAAGGCCGAGGUUGCGCACCCUACUGCCGCCUGGUCCAGCGUCACCGGCAAGGGACUGCUCUUCUUCGUCAAGCAUGCCGACGAGAAGUCCAACCCCGCUGGUGCCUUGAAGCUGGCCGAUGCUACCGAGCUCGCCAAGGACGGCGCCGUCGCUUUCCACUUCAAGCUCCACGGCGGCAAGCACACUUUCGAGGCUCACACUGUCGCUGAGCGCAAUGGCUGGUUCGUCGCCGUUGAGAAGGCCAUUGAGGAGGCCAAGGCGUCCAAGGACACUAUUGUCGCCAACGAGUCCUACAAGGAGGAGCUCUCCAAGCUCGGCAAGCCCGCUACGCUAGCUCCUACCGUUGCCGCCGGCUCCACCCCCAAGAAGAGCACCGAGGUCACACCUAAGCCCGCGGAGGGUGAGGCUUCUACCGCAGCCGUUGCCGAGGAGACUGCUGCUACUGCCCGCGCCGGAUCUUCUUCCUCUAGCUCUUCCGAUGAGGAGAAGAAGCGCAAGAAGGCCGCCAAGAGCAAGAGCCGCUCCGUCUCCCGCGGAAAGCGUGCCUCCAUCUUCGGUGGUCUCCUUGGAAAGAAGGACAAGGCCGAGGAGAAGGUCGAAGAAAAGAAGGAGGAGAAGAAGAUCGAGAAAGAGGAGAAGAAGGAGGAGAAGGCAGAGGAGGCUACUCCUGCUGUUGCUGAGCCCGCCACUGAGGCCGCCGUUGCUCCCGUAACUGCUCCUGUCAUCACCUCUGAGAUCCCCCCUGUCGAGGAGAAGAAGACCGAGGAGACUGCUCCCGUCGUUCCCGUCGAGGAGAAGAAGGUUGAGGAGAAGCCCAAGCCCACCAAGCGUGGCUCCAUCUUCGGCAACUUCGUUGAGAAGUUGAAGAGCCCUACCCACGAGAAGAAGGAGGCUGAUCUCGUCCCCGCUGUCCCCGCCAAGGAGCCUGAGGCUGCUGCCGAAGCCCCCAAGGUCGACGAGCCUGCGACUACUGAGACUGCUCCUGUCCUCCCUCCGGUCGCUCCCGUUGAGACCGCUCCUCUCGAGAGCACCACCGAGGCCCUCAAGCUUGAGGAGCCCAAGGAGACCAAGCCUGCUGCCACCACUCCCCACAAGGAGAGUAAGUCGUUCUCUUUCGGCAAGUUCCUCAGCAACAAGGAGAAGGCCAAGUCCCCCGCCACGGAGAAGGCCCCCGAGCUUCCCAAGACUGAGGAGGCCCCCAAGAUCGAGGAGACCCCCGCUGUUGGUGCUCCCGCCGCUGUUGAGCCCACCACCGAGGCUCCCAAGGAGGAGGCUGCUGUUGCUGAGCCUACCACUGAGGCUGCUACUGCCGCGCCUGCCACCAAGGAGAAGAAGCGUGGCUCCAUCUUCGGUGCCCUCGGCAGCAAGAAGGAGGGUGAGGGCAAGGGCGGCUUCGGCGGUCUUUUCCGCGCCGCCAGCAAGGCCGGCAAGCCCAAGAAGGAGAAGGAGACCACCCCGGCCGCCAAGGUUGAGGAGGCCACCGAGCCCAAGGAGGAGAAGACCGAGGUCGCUCCCAUCGCCGAGGAGACCAAGGCUACCACCGAUGUCCCUGCUGCCACUGCCACCGAGCCCGCCACCAUUGGCGACGUCGCUCCGGAGGCUGUCGCAGGUUGCUGCUUCUCCCGACCCGACAGCGGCGACGCGCUCGCCAACCAACCCAGUGCUUCUCAGCGCAACAUAAACAACCCCACGCCGCCUAAUGCCUCCGCCGUAACUUCACCUCGAGGCUCGGCCUCGCAUCCUGUCGCUGAGAACAGGCCGAACAUACCCAUAAAGCCCAUCGACCCUGCGCAUCGCUCCAAGCUGCCUAAGACGCUCGCUUCGCCCACCGUGGGCAGUCACAGAAACCAUGUCCCGCCACUCAGCCAGAGUAUGAGUGGACAAUGGACUCGCCAACGGCUUGAAAAAGAGCGGAACGACUGGUGGGAUACGCGCACCACAGGGUCCACUGAGAUCUGGGCUGCACUGCGGAGUAUGGUGCAGUCUCUGCAAGCUGGCGACUUGCGGGAAGCUCAGGUGCUCCUAGACGUGACUGAGUGCACCUGUCCGAAUGGCAUGCUGUGGCGGGGGAUAUUUGACAAACGCGGUGAAUGGUAUAGGGUGCCUGAAUGGAUUGUAAUUGAGCCUGAUGGCCUCGUGGAAGAAGAGGAUCUCAAAGAUGAGGCUGGCAGUGUCGGCGAGGAGGACGACAAAGAGGUUGAGGUUGAGGAACUGGGGGAAGAGGUCAAGGUCCUGUGCAGACUGAGCUCCACCGGCAAGGAUUACAGGAUCGUCAUCAAGAAGGGAGAACGUGUCGGAAGUCUGGUCACGAAGCUGAAAGCUAAAGCUGGGCUCAAUCCAUUCAUCACUAUCCGCGUUGUCUACGGCGGCAAGAUCAUCGACGAACACCAACCUCUUGAGUCGCACCCCUUCUGGAACUACGACGCCAAACAUGUACUGGUUGCAAUGGUGUUUGAGUAG